AUGGAACCUCCCUCUCGAACAGAGCCCGCUAAGCACAAGCGCACACGAUCAGGAUGUCUCAAUUGCAGACGCAAGAAGCGCAAAUGCGACGAAGCUCGACCUUCCUGCGGUACAUGUCGCCGUCGCAACGAAUCCUGCGAAUGGGGUCUCAAGAUUGCUUUCCGGGCUGAGCAUGCCCGAUGCUUGAAUCCCCACCAUCCUUCGAUGCGCAAGAUGGCCCGGAGGAAACCGCCCAAGGAAUUCGAGAUCUUGGAUGUCACGGAUGAAGUCAUCCGUGAUUACAACGGCGCCGAAACCGAUGAAGGAGAGGAAGACCGUAGCAAUCUUACGGGCUGUUACACACAGAGCCGCAACCAUGGUCGGCCGAGUCUUCUCUUCAGUGAAAGACCAUCAGAUACCAGCUCCAAUACGACAGAUGGCUAUGUAUCUAUUCAAACGCCUCCUGUAAUUGACAUAUCGUCACCGGCAUCGCAGCGUCGAACGGACACCGCUGUUGCCGACCUGCUUUACUUUAGUCAGAACGGCCAAUCCCACCACCCCGUCGAGAUUGACCCUACUAUCCAUAUAUCUAUGGACACAGUUCCAAUUGACAUCAUAACAGAGUAUCCAUACAUCGACCAACUGCAACCAUUUACACCAGAGGGUGUAUCAGAAGAUGGCAUCUUUCUACCAGGCUCUGCAUAUCAUGAAUUGCACUCAACAUUGCGAAACCAUCUUAUUCAGGAGACGCGGUCAAUUGCGCCCACAAGAUCGACCACACCACAUGUUGAAGCAGAAGCUGAACCCGACGAUGCUCCAUUGGACGAGACAGAGGAUACGCUCCCCAUAAAUGACUUUCAGUCGUCUCAGGCGCCGCUGUUGUCGCAACAGGAAGAGUGCGCCCUCUGGAAGAAUUACUUUGACGAAAUCGCCCCGUGGCUAGAUAAAUUCGACCGGGACCGACACUUUCAGCAGAUCAUUCCUACCAUGACUAAGGAUAACGACCAUCUACGAUACUCAAUGCUGGCCCUCUCCGCACGACAACUUGAGUUAAAGCAUACCCUCGCGACCAGCCGUAGCCUUGCCCUUUAUCAAGAAGCGAUACAUCUGCUUCUCCCACACCUACCAACACGUGGGACAGCCGUCAUUGCUACAUGCGUGAUACUCUGUGUGUUGGAGAUGUUGAGUUGUUCUCCCAAAGCGUGGCAACGACAUCUAGACGGCUGUGCAAGUCUCAUGGAAGCUGUAGGCAUCAACGGUUUCGUCGGAGGCACAGAGCAAGCUUUGUUCUGGUGCUUUGCGCGUAUGGAUAUCUGCGGCGGCCUGAUCUCGUCAGUCAAGACCCUCAUACCCAUUAAUCACUGGGCAUCAAAAACCUCAUCAAUAGAGAACGAUGUCGAGCUGUUUAAAAAUUCUUCCAACUUUGAGGAAUGGGCCAACUAUGCGGUAUAUCUUACAGCGCAGGUACUCGAUCUAUUAGCGCCCUCUCCAUCAGAACCAACCCGAAACGAAGUCAAAUUCCGUACCAAGUGGCUCAAGUUGUGGAAGCACAUCUGCGAGUGGUACCAGGAACGGCCAGCACCUCUAUACCCUAUAAUGACGAUACCAUCGAACGAAACCUCGCCCUUCCCAACCAUUCUCUAUUCAAAUCCUGCGGCGAUGUCCGGAAACCAAAUGCACCACACUGCAUCGAUUCUCAUGCUUCAGAAUCAGCCUGCUAUGAUACGGCUUGGUCAUUCUUCAAAGCCAAGAAGCAUUUUGUGGCACGCAAGGCAGGUCUGCGGUAUAAGCAUGUCGAAUGAACAUCAUGGUGCAUGGACGAAUAGUGUUCAGCCAUUGUGGGUUGCUGGGCGUUGUAUGAGCCAUCCAAGCGAGCACAAGGCGAUAUUGGACAUGCUAGAUCGAAUUGAGAAGGAGAGUGGGUGGAAGACCAAGUGGCGAGCUGAUGAUCUAAGAGAGUUCUACAAGUGCUCUUUGUCAACUAUAUGA